AUGUGGGUUGUGAACGUCUUGUUGAUGCUCUGCUGGGCCCGGCUCUGGGUGGCCCUGCACGUCUCCCAUGGACAGCAGCCGAUCCUGGACCAUAAUCCCACGAUGACAGACCACCACACAACGAGCUCAACAGAGACUUUGGGCAAAACCUCAUCGGCGUCCACAGUUUCCCAUCACGGCCCUCACAAUGCACCUUGCUAUAUGGAUGACAUAUUCGCAGUACUGCGGGAAGGUGUGGGGAGCGACGGUGAACUCAGCAACAGCAGCUUGACUCUGUUUGGAAUCUGCACAGCAUAUGACGGUUCAUCAGGCUCAGUCUUAUUAGAGCUCGCGAAGGAAACAAGCAGAAACCAGAGAAAUGGAUUGGAGGUCCUGCAUCCGACUGGAGUGCUUGUGGCAGAGGAAGACAAUGGAGAAAUGCUCAGCUUGACCUUUGACCUCCCACAGUCUCCUUUGCUCAUGCUGAGCCCUGUGUUGCUCCUGGCAUUCGAAAGUCCACUCAGAGGAGGAGACCUGGAGGUCACUUUCACUAGUCAGUCUCUGCAGCCCAACACACAGUCUGCGUGCAUUUCAGCUGAAACACAGUACAUACUACUGACAGGAAAAGCAUCAGAGGGCAACGUUCAACAGAAAUGGAGGCUUUCUGUUGAAACAAAAUCCCUUGAAAUGAGGCAAAACCUCAAAGACAUUCUCAUUGGUGGAAAAUCAGGAAGUAGCAUCAGCAUAACACCACUUCUGCUUUUCUCUGGGGGAACAGGAACUGAUACAAGAUAUACAGAUGUUUCAGGUUCAUCCCCGGCCUCUUCACAGACCGUCUCCUUCCUCUGUGAGCUGAAGCGGUUCCUGGGCGACAUUCUGCCUCAGGACCACCCUGAGUCCCCUCCACUCCGUCUGGACUCCUUGCAGUCCAUGCCUCCCCUGUCACUGGGCUUAUCCUCUAGCGAGACCCUGCUGGCAGGACUGAUCAACUCCUCGUCCCCCACUGUCUUCUCCUUCACUAGAUGGGGCUCCAUGUUUCAGGUGCAUCAUGGACAAUUGGCCCUGUCUGCUGCACUGUUGGAGGAGCUGAGGCAGAGGCUGGAGCAGAUUGUGAUGCAGAUAAUGGAGGUUAUAAGGGAGGAGAAAGUGGGUCACAGGGCCACUGAGAGGCUGGGGAGGCUCAGAGAACUCACGUUACCGAAGAAGGAACCGGCAGCAGGAGAGAGCCAGUACCGUGCGUUUCUUCUGCUUAAGGCCCUACAGACAGUGGCCCAUGCAUAUGAGCUGCAGGGAGGACUGCGGGCCGUCAGAGCAGGCUCCAAUGACUCUGUGAUGGGCAACGUCUGCGGGCUGAGGAGCCUCACCGUCUCCCUUGAAAAGCAUCUCGUGGGCCCAAACACAGCCAACAUCAAAAACUGCCAUGGCUCUUGUGCUUUCCCCCUGUUCAAUGCCAACAACCACGCCGUCCUGCUCAGCUCCCACAUUGAGAGCGAGAAUGUGGACGAGCGGGCUCCGUGCUGUGUGCCUGUGGCCUAUGAAGCCCUUGAGGUGGUGGAUUUAAAUGAACAUGGGACUUACCUCUCCAUUAAACCAGACGUAGUAGCAAAGGAGUGUGGAUGUCGCUAAAGCUGUUUUGUUUCUGGAGUGUACUCAUGACACCAAAGAUAUUUUACAUGUUUGGUUUUAUAGUCUCUGGCCACUGCUUGUUAGGUGGAGGAAUCAAGUGUCACUUAAUUGUCACAGGUUUUUUUUCAUUCACACA